AGUGAUGUCUGGCAAAUAAUUGUGAGGGUCCUGUACAAGAGCUUGUUGGGGCACAUGGCGGCGACAGGCGCCGCCGACGCCAUGCCCCGGCGAGCAGUUUCGGUCUUAUCCUCAUCUGUUUCGUUGAUCGGUUUUGGCAAUGAUUGAUCUCCUCCUUGACUCGAUCUGUGUAACUAAAUGUUAAGAUUAUGAUUUGCGCUGCUUCAGAUCAAUGAAUCAGAUGGUGAGCAGAUUGUGAAGAAGAAGAAAAAGCCAUGGCAUUGGCUCCCGCUGCGAAGGUAGCGUUGGGAUCCCUUGCUUUUGGGAUCUUCUGGAUCUUGGCCGUCUUCCCCGCCGUCCCCUUCCUGCCCAUCGGGCGCACCGCUGGUUCCCUCCUCGGCGCCAUGCUCAUGGUCGCGUUCCGGGUCAUCUCCCCGGAGGAAGCGUACGCCGCCGUCGACCUCCCGAUCCUCGGCCUGCUCUUCGGCACCAUGGUCGUCAGCGUCUUCCUCGAAAGGGCCGACAUGUUCGAGCACUUGGGGAAUCUGCUCUCCUGGAAGAGCAGAGGCGGCAAGGACUUGCUGCUCCGAGUCUGCGUCGUCUCGGCUGUCUCCAGCGCCCUCUUCACCAACGACACCUGCUGCGUCGUCCUCACCGAGUUCAUCCUCAAGAUCGCGCGGCAGAACAACCUGCCCCCGCAGCCCUUCCUUCUAGCCCUAGCUUCCAGCGCCAACAUCGGCUCUUCCACGACUCCCAUCGGCAAUCCCCAGAACUUGGUCAUUGCCGUCCAAAGCAACAUCUCUUUCGGGAAAUUCUUGCUGGGCAUCCUCCCCGCCAUGUUUGUGGGAGUGCUCAUCAAUGCCGGCAUUCUUCUGAUCUACUACUGGAAGCCGUUGUCCACGGAGAAAGAUGUCGAAGUGCUACCCACCAAAGUCGCCGCCGCGGCUGCUGAUGCCGUUGCGGCUGACCAGUAUGUCGCAUCUCACCACCGGUUUACGCCCGCGACGAUGUCUCACGCCCCUUCCACAAGUCCUCAAGAUUGGAAUGCCACAAUUGAGUCCGUCGUGCUGUGUUCAUCCACCAAUGGCGAUGCUGCGCAUCUCGACACUUUGAGGAAGAGAAUAAGUACCAAUGAAUCUGACUUCCUCUCCAGUACAUCCAUCGGCAAAGCUGAGUCGACAAUGCCAUUAAAUGGAUCGAAGGAGCUAGUUGCUGGAGCUCCUCCAAUCAGAUACGAGAGAAGCGGCAGUUCAUUGAACGGGAUGAAGGAUGCUUUUUUCUACUCAUCCAUGGAGAAGGAAGUUCCAACGGAGAGGUGGAAGGUUUUUCUUUGGAAUGGGUGUGUCUAUCUUGUGACUGUGGGAAUGCUCAUUUCCCUCUUGAUGGGAGUGGAUAUGUCGUGGUCCGCCAUUGCUGCUGCUCUUGCUCUAAUUGUACUCGAUUUCCAGGAUGCCCGUCCUUCCCUCGAGAAGGUUUCCUAUUCAUUAUUACUGUUCUUUUGUGGGAUGUUCAUCACUGUUGAUGGCUUUAACAAGACUGGCUUACCAAGCGCUUUGUGGGAUUAUAUGGAACCCUAUGCGCGCAUCGACACUGCUAGUGGAGCUUCAGUCCUAACUGUUGUUAUUCUUUUUCUCUCAAAUGUUGCCUCCAACGUACCAACUGUCUUGUUACUUGGAGCUCGGGUGGCAGCUUCUGCUGCAGAAAUUUCUCCUGGUGAAGAGACCAAGGCAUGGCUCAUGUUGGCUUGGGUCAGCACAGUUGCAGGAAACUUGUCACUUCUGGGAUCUGCUGCCAAUUUGAUAGUAUGCGAACAGGCUCGCCGGUCUCAAUCUUUCGGCUACAACCUCUCUUUUCUCACCCAUUUGCGAUUCGGAUUCCCAUCGACAAUCAUUGUUACAGUUGCUGGGUUGCUGUUUAUGACAUGAGAAAUUAUAAGCCAUCAGCCAAGAUUGUAGGUAACAAUAAUGCAUUUGUGUUAAGAGUAAGAUUGUUCUCCUUUUGGUGUUCAUGUAUUAUUCUUUUCUGAUUGUAGAGCAUUGUUGAGCAAGAAUAAUGCUUCUUGUAGAGAGGAGCCUGAAUUAGUUUAUUGGUUUCACAAUUUACAUCUCUUUCAA